CUUUGGCAAGGAGUUAAGGGGAUUUGUCCAGGAAUUAUGAUUAUGAUAAUUUUCCUUUUUUUCUAGAGAUGGGUCCUUUCUUAUUUCAUAUCUUUAACGUGGUUUCUCAAAGAAAUGAGGAUAAAAUUGCUACAACCUCUUUCCAUCUCUCCUGAAAUAGCUUUUGAACCUGUUGGACAAUUUCUAAGAAAUCUGACAUCUGGGCACAAGUCUCACAUUCAUCAGGCUCUUGCACAUUGAAUUAAAUGUCACACCUUAAGAGAAAGAGGAAAAUCCCCUCAUGAGACAGAGGAAACCAGGCUUUUGUGGUUCCAUAAAAAUCUCCUGAGGCAGUAUUAGCUUUCCUGGGUGCUUUGGGGUAGUGGAUGCCACAGGUCUUCCCCUCCAGGCACCCAACAGCUCAUGGCCAAUGCAGAGUGUGUGAGCUGUGACCCCAAUGGAACCCAGUGGAGAGUUGGUCCCAGUGCCAGUGGUGCCACCCCGUUGUCCUCGUGCUCCCAGCCAUGACCCAGAGGAGGAACACUUCUCCUUCCCUCCCAGGGCACCGACUGCAAGGCCACAGGGAAUGGCUGGAUUUUGGAAACACCACUAAUGUCCCCCAUCCUGGCUGCAGCUCUUCCAAGGGGGACUUUCUGUGUGCUGUUACUUUUCCCUGCACCAUCUGGUGAUUAAUUUAACACCUUAAAAUUAGCACCAGCAUUUCAAAGAGGUUUUGGGCAGGGAUUUUUUUUUUUUUUUUAAAUCAGAUGAGGGUUUUUUCAUUGUUUCCUGCCCCACAGCACAACACACAUGUGUGAACCGUGUUCCUGCAAUGCCAGGGCAGGUUUGCCUGCAUCAGCUGGAGGAUGUGCUUCCUCUCCCAGCACAACGUGCCACCUCCCUCCUUCCUCCUCCAGAGCGUCCCAGUCAGCGACAUCUCCAGCUCAGCCUACGUGUGUCUGCACAUGCACUUAUUAACUUUUACAUCUUAAUUGAAAUAAUGACAUGCUUUCUCCUGAAGCAGUCUGUAAUCUCGAGAUGAAGCGGUGAGCAGCAGAGCGGGGCUGCCCAGCCAGGCUGCUGGCACUCGUGAGGAUGGGAGUGACCUGCCAAGAAAGGACGGGCCAGGGAGAGAGGCAGCAGCAAGGGGAGGUGAUGGGGGCCCAGUGAGUGAGGAGGAGGAUUCAGUGAGCAGGAGCUGCGUGUGAAGUCUCUUCCAGAGCUAUUAAAAAGCAUAAAAGACAAAUCUUCUUUUAAUGUGGCCCCUCUGCAGGCUGUUCCAUGGGCCACCCCCAUACAUCUGCCUUACCUCUUCCUAGCCUGGCUUGUUAGUUUAAACUGAUGGGGUUUAUGGGCUGGGAGCUUCCUCUGCUAUUUGUCCUGGGAUUAUGACAUUUAAAAUCUCUGGAUAUUCUUAUAACACAGGUGAGGACUUUAUAGUCCCAUGUAGCUGCAAUGUAAAUUACUUUAGUAUGGUAACUUCAUGGUCCAAAAGUCCCUCUAAUCCUGAUUUACAGAUGUGAGUCAGGGCUUCAGUGCUGGAAGAUCAAAACAUUCCUGAGAACGAUGCUCGUGAGUAACAUCAGUGGGUUUGUGAGCCCAAACUUUGCACUUUGGAGGGGAUCAGGUCCUUGGCUUUUGGAGGUGCCAUUCAGAGAGCUUCAAAGGUUAAAUGAGAAACCAUUGGCUUGACAGAUGGAGCACAAUAUUUGUUGGUGAGGAGUCAUCAAGGACACCCUCUCGGCUGCCACACUGCAAUAGGUGGGAAGAAGCUGGGAAAAAGCAAACCUGACACAGAGAAAUGAUGUGCCAUGCUUAGAGAUGCUGCUGUUUCCUCAUUUACUUGUUAUUUGUUCUGAGGAAAAAGAAAAAAGAUGGGGAAAAAAAGGAAAAUAGGGGAAAACAGAGGGGGGAUGGAAACAAGGAACAAAAAUAAAGAUGGAAAAAAAGAUCAAAAAAGUAAAAAAAGAAGAAGUCCUCCAAAAAAGAGCAGUAAAUGUGCACUGCUAAUCAACCAAAGCCCUGCCAAGCAAAUCUUUUGUCAGAUCAUCUGCCCGAGAUCAAAAGCCCGGACUCAGCAGCCCCGUUACCGGCGCUUCUGCCGACGAAGCAGAACGGCAAAGCCCCGGUUCCCGCGGCUUUGUUAAAAAGCCCUCACGGCACCCCCCCGGCCCGGCCCGCCCCCCACGGCCCCUAUAUAGCACCGAGUCCAAUGAUCUGCCCAUCGCCCCUUGGGCUGGCUCCCGCUCUGGGUCCUGGAUAGCAGCCAGCAGAAAAUGUCUCAGUACUCAGGAAAAAUCACAUUCUACGAAGGCAAAUGCUUCACGGGCAGGAAGCUGGACGUGUGUGGCAGCUGCAACAGCUUCCAGGACCAAGGCUUCCUCAACAGGGUCAACUCCAUCUGUGUCCAGAGUGGAGCCUGGGUGUGCUUUGACCACCCCGACUUCCGAGGGCAGCAGUACAUCCUGGAGCACGGCGAGUAUCCCGACUUCUACCGCUGGAAUGGGCGCAGCGACCACCUGGGCUCCUGCCGGCCCGUCGGGAUGCACGGCGAGCAUUACAGGAUCGAAAUAUUCGAGGGGAGCCACUUUAGGGGUCCCAGCCUGGAGCUGACAGAAGAUUGCUCCUUCCUGCAGGGACAAGGCUGGGACAAGACCUGCAUCAAUGCCCUCAAGGUGUACGGCGACGGCGCGUGGGUGCUGUACGAGGAGCCCAACUACCGGGGCCGCAUGUACGUGGUGGAGCGCGGCGAGUUCGGCAGCUUCGACGAGUGGCAGGCGCGCAGCGCCAGCGUCCAGUCCAUCAGGAGAGUCGUCAACUACUUCUAGCUGAGCUUCCACCCCGCCAGCCAUGGCCCGCUGAGGCUGAGCACCACCUCCCCUCCACUCACUGACCCCUGGA